AUGCCUAGAACACCACCAGCCAUCAUCCUUCCUAAUAAUUUACCAUCUGCUUGGGUAAACCGUUCCAAAGUCAACAAGAAAAAAUCCAACGCAUCCAACAUCUAUGCCUCUCAAAAGCAAAUCUCAUUUGAUGAUACAGAUGAGUACCUUAUUAUACCACCUAUUCAUUUAGCAGAUUCCACUAUCACUGAUUCAAAUGAGGUGACCUCGAGUAUCAUAGCUAUAGAUGAAAUGCAAACAAGAACUUUGUCAGCAUCUGUAUCCACUAACCAAAGCUCUUACGCUAAUACUACCACCCAACAACAGCAAAAAUCACAUCAGGAACAUCAGCAACAACAGCAUUUCCAGCAAACACAACAGCGACAUCUUUCUGAUCAAAAGAAUGCCUGCUCUUCUUCUUCUUCUUCUGUCAAGCAAAAUGCCUUAGCAGUUACUCCGUCUUCAUCGCAUAGUCAUAGCAAAGAGAGCAACUUGAUGAGCCAUGAACAGGAUCCCGAUGUGACAAUGGAUGAACUAAAUACCGCAUUUGAACACCACAAACGCUCUGCAAACGACUUUCUUACACCUUCUAGUCAGCAGUUUGAAUCUCUUGUCAUGGUCUCGCGAGAUUUGGCAUCCGAUUUUCAAAAGUUUAUGGAAGAGUAUCGAGAUAUCAAAAAGUCAAUUGAGGAUAAGAAGAAAGAACUGAUUCAAUACACAGAGGAACGUCUACGCUACUUGACACAGCGACAAACUCAUUUCCAAAAGGAAUUGAAAACAUUACAAGAGUUCAUUUAG